GGAGAGAAACCGUAAAGCGGGAGGGGCAAGGGAACUACGUAACGCGCACGGCGUACACCGGUACGCAUCGUUCGUGUCGUACGAUUAUCAUCGCGCGCGCCGAGUUCGAGUUCGAGACAUUCGAGUCGUCGUCACGCAUGUCGGCGAGCGGCGCCUAGUCGGCCGAUAUUAGUACGCGGGUUUCCGACGAUCGUCUCUGUUUUCCCGCCACCCCGCUUCCCGGUGUACUCUCUAUUUCUCUCUGUUCUGUUUUACUCGUCGGCAAGCACGCGUCGCACGUAUACGUAUCAUCGCGCGUACACGUACGCACGCACGCACGCACGCAUAAAAGUAUUAGAAGUUCGGAGUUCGGAAUCUCGGGAGCGCGCACACCGCGUUUCUCUCUUUCCCGGCGCGGUUGAUCGUAACCUCUCGUCUUCCUCGGCGACACUCCUCUGCACUCCUCGCUCGCCCACUGAUAGACUCGGAUCGGUCAGUUUGAUUUUGGUCAAGAUGGCCGAGAAGAGCGGCUCGCCGGCCGCCACGGCCCCGGAACAGCAGCAGCAGCAGCAGCAACAGUCGCAGUUCCUGUUGGACUUUAUUUCCGAGAUCGUGAAGAACCCAUUGAACCUCGCCCUCGUGGGCGUGAUCGCUAUUCUGGUGUAUAAGAUCUUCAAGAGCCGCACCCGGCCCGAAGAGCCCGUGCAGGAAGUGAAAAAGCUGCCGAAGCUACGCCGCGAUUUCACGAUCGAGGAGCUGACCAAGUAUGACGGCAAGGGCCCGGACGGCCGGAUACUCGUCGCCGUCAACGGCAGCGUUUACGAUGUCACCAGAGGCGCCAGAUUCUACGGCCCUGGUGGACCCUAUGAAGCGUUUGGUGGUCGAGAUGCCAGUAGAGCACUCGCGAGGUUUGAAGUGGUCGCUGCGACGGAUAAAUAUGACGAUCUAAGUGACCUGAACACUACAGAAAUGAAUUCUAUCAACGAGUGGGAAGAACAAUUUAAAGAGAGAUAUGAUUACGUUGGAAAAUUAUUAAAGCCUGGCGAAGCACCGACAAAUUACUCCGAUGAAGAGGACGAAGGUAGCCAACGGGAAACUGAAACAAAAUCGGAAAGCUAUGAUGCAGAGAAAAAAGCGGAUCAUAACAAGGCUGCCGAAAAAUCAAAGAGCGAUUGACCGCAUGAUCGUAUGUUGGAGGCAGAACUGUUACAGGAGCACACUACGCACACGCUGUUGUUACAGAAAUCUUUGAAAUUGUCGCUCAUGAAUAUAUUUCUGGACGUUCGGCCGAAUAUUUUAUUACUUGGUAACAGUAACCGGAUAAAGAGGCGAAAUGCUGGCUUUUAAUAUCGCAUUGGAAAUACAUAAAACACAUUUCCGAAAAAGCUGGUGAUUAUACUACGUAAAGACUUUAUUUGAGCGCCCAGUUCGCCGAUCAGCGUGCUGACGCUUGUGUCUUUUAAUGUUUUUAUAUAUGUACAAAAGAUUUUCUACCAAAAAACGCUAAGCCGAAUCAGUGGCAUGUAACAACAUACAUAUUCCAUUGUAGAUUCUUGUUGAAUUACUUGUAUUUCGCUAUACAACACGCGAUGACUACGCGCCUGUACCCGCACGAGUACGGCGAUAUGAUAAAGCUGACGUUGCAUUUCAAGUUUAGUUUUAAGUCUGCUUUAUGGAAUUUAAGUCCUCUCACGUUCAUGCAGAAUCGCGAAUUAAGAAAGAGCCACCGAAUUGUGGGAGAGAGAAGGGGAGAGACAGGGGAGAGAAAGAUCAUACAAAGACAUACACUUUGGAAUAAUAAGCUUGCGAAUGAUCCGAAUGGCGCUUGUUAAUUCUGACCAAGCGCUGAAGAUAUAGUUAUAUUAAUGUUACAUUUUUAAUAUGUAAUUGUAUCAGAAAUAUAAUUAUUAUCAAAUGAUGGAAAAUGUACCGAUUCAGAGGUCUUUCUCUCACUCGCGAUUGUCUCGAUGAGACAAAUUGCAUUUUUUUUUUUCAUGUAAAAGUUUUAAUUGCUGAAGUAGUACCGGAAAACUGAGCAUAACGCGUGCAUCUCUUAACAGUUUAUUUUACAUAGAUGAAAAUAACAAGUAUAUGAAAUUUUUUGUGGUGGAUUUUAGUAUUGUAAAAUUUUGUUACAAAAGUUCAAUAGAACCGGUAUUCAUAGAUAAUCCGUUUUUUUUUCGUCUUAAGUAAUGUGUCUUGAGAUCAAUAUAAUUCUAUUUAAUUUAUAUAUUUUCAGACGACUUUUUAAGGGCGGGCUUUUAUGAAUACUGUUACUCUAAGAUGUUACAUUCGUAAAUAUUCGCGUACUUCCGCGUAGCGUUGUCUCUGACACUGCGGCGCAUCGAUUUAUUAAUGCUAUUUAAUGGCUUUAUUCACCAACAAAAUAUGGUUUUGGUAAAUAGUUAUAUCUGAAAAUAAAUUUACAAAUAAAGAUUAAUAUUAGAGUUACGUAAAAUAUAUAUACAUAUAUCUAUAUUUCUACAGUGAAAAGUUUGCAUGCACUUCUUGCGUAUAAUUUAAAACUACGAUAUAAGUCAAAUUGUAUUUUACAUCUUGUUAGCAUUUAAAAUGACAAAAAAAGUAUUUAUUGUAUAUCACGCGUUGUGCUAGUUACUUGAAAAAAUGGUGUAUAUAACUUAACAUGGUUAGAUAGUAUUGAUUGUGGCAAAUAAAGUUUUAUUAUUGUUUAUAUUAAUUUAACGGCGAGUGCACGUUCAGUUUAAUCGUCGUCAUGUACACGAAGAAUAUAUACUUUUAUUCUCUAAUUAA